AUGUUUGCAAAACUAUUACCAGACAUCCUCGAUAGAUUAGAUAUAUUCAUUUUGGAAAUAGAAGAACUUCAAGUGGCAAAACCCCAACUCUGGAAACAUUUAUGGUGUCUUUCAAUAAUUGUCACUUUUUUCGGCCUAACUUCAAGUGGCAAAACCCCAACUCUGGGAACAUUUAUGGUGUCUUUCAAUAAUUUUUGGACUUAUCUUAGAUCAGGAGUAAACGAUGAUAUUAUAUUGUGGCAAGGUUUACCCUAUGGUUUACUAUGGUAUGUUUUCAUAUUGGCCGCAUUUCAAGUACAUUUUUUUUCCAUAUAUUUUGCAUGGAAUUUAAGAAAUGCUUGGAAAACAAGAGGAUCCCAUAAGAAAUCCGGUAAUUUUAAUAUUUUAGAACCUGGAGGUAUCGUUUAA